GCAGGUGGUGGCGGUGCGGAGCCCCGCGGUGCUGUGCGCCGAGCAUGGAGCUCCGCUUCGCCCCCGUCAACGUCCCCCUGAAGAGGAGGAUCCAGACGGUCGCCGUGCUGCAGUGGAUCUUCUCGUUCCUGCUGCUGGCACAGUUUUGCUGUGGAUUCUUUGUGCUCUUGAUUUUGGGCAACUUCUGGUUCCUUGCUGUUCUGUACCUUCUGUGGCUCUACCUCGACUGGGAAACACCAUGUGCUGGGGGCAGGCGGUCCCAGUGGGUCAGGAGCUGGACUGUCUGGAAGUACUUCAGGGAAUACUUCCCCAUUCAACUUAUAAAAACUUCAGAUUUGAAUCCAAAUCACAACUACUUACUUGGCUUUCACCCUCAUGGGGUCCUGGUAGCUGGAGCCUUUGGAAACUUUUGCACUGGCCCAAGUUUCAAAAAUUUAUUUCCUGGGCUUACUCCGUAUCUUCAUAUUAUGCCCAUCUGGUUCAGCUGUCCCUUCUUCAGAGAAUACGUAAUGAGUGCUGGAAUGGUUUCUGCCUCCAAGGAGAGUGUCUCGUACGUGCUGAAUAAUGAAGGAGGUGGCCAUGCGUCCAUCAUUGUGAUCGGAGGAGCCGAGGAAUCCCUGAAUGCACAUCCUGGAAGUUUGACUUUGAACAUCCUCAAGAGGAAAGGCUUUAUUAAAAUGGCCUUGAAACAUGGGGCUCAUUUGGUCCCGGUGUUUUCCUUUGGUGAAAAUGAGCUAUUCAAGCAAGUUGCAAACCCCAAAGGUUCAUGGCUCAGAAAUGUACAGGAGAAGCUGCAAAAGAUAAUGGGCUUUGCUUUACCAUUGUUUCACGCUAGAGGAAUAUUUCAAUACAGUUUUGGAUUAAUACCUUUCAGGCAACCUAUUCAUACUGUUGUGGGAAGCCCCAUCCCUGUAAAACGGAACUUGAAUCCCACCACUGAAGAGAUUGAACAGCUACAUGCGAUAUAUCUACAGGAACUAAGAAAAUUGUUUGAAGAACACAAAGGAAAUUAUGGGAUCCCUGAGCAUAAAACUCUUAUCUUUGAGUAGUAAACCACAAUCCGUAAUUCUAAAUCUCAUGGAAAAAAAUAUUGUAUGCCGAAAGAGUUCGUUCUUGCAAUCUGUAUUUUGCAAUCUGUAAUUAUCCUUGUGUAAGGAAUAAUUUUAAGAAGAGAUUAUUAAAUAGUUUAUUGAUCUUUAUUUUAUGGAUACAAAAAAAAGCAUCUUUAGGGUGCGAGCCUCAAAGCCAGUGCUGUUUCGAGUUGUCCUUUUAGGUUCAUCUGUACUAGAAAUGCCAGUGAGAGACUCAACACUGCUGUUCUUACUACCACGGUAAUUUACCAUAGCUUGAGCAGAGGAAACUGCCCCAGCAUGAGGGCAAGAGCAGGAAAAGUGUAUGUACCACAGAGGUCUGUCAUUAGACAUUGGAACUAUAACCCACAUGUAUCAAACGCAAGUUGUCCUCUUACUGUCGAAAAAAACCCUGCUGCUCUUCCAAACAAAGCUGUAUAUUUUCAGUAGUUGGCUAUUGCAAGCCAUUUGCAUGUGAAAUCAUUAAUAAAUACGAGUUUUCUGCCUUGAACAGGAUAUCAGCAAAAGUAGUUUGUCCAAGGAAUGGAGCAGACCAACCGCUGUUUGCAUGAAGAACAGUGAGUUAUUCCGUGCACAUGUAUGUGCUGGGUGGUGGGAAGCACUGAAUAAUGUGACUUUUUCUGACAAGCUGUACUUUGGAUCAUCAGUUUGUAAGAUGAAUCAGCUUUGUUUGGUAGUUUUAGUCUCAAAGGAGAUGGCAGGCACAGGACAGAAGUAUACCAACGACGGUAGUGUGGGAAUCAUCUGAAUUUCACCUCUUACGCAAAUGAAAAACUAUCAUAUGCCAAGCACUUCCACGCAAGGAAGGGGAGCCCAAUUUGUUCAGUCUAGUUCUGAAAUUUCACCAAGGAAAGUGUACUUGAUUUAUGUCUUCUUCCCCACUGAUAGACGUGGGGAAGUACGUGGAAAGCAGUGCCUUGGAGUGACAGCUAUAAUUGCCAAAGCAGUGGGAGGACAGCUGUAGGGUGCGGCAGGUUAAGAGGACGCUUGGUGUACAAACCAGCUGCCUAGAUUUGAGAGGUUUAUCUUAAAUGUGGAUAUCCAUCUAAGAGAAGGAAAAAUAUCUUAGCCAAACUCUUUUUUCAAUUAAAGUGCCUAGGUUUCUGAGAUGGUUUGUAAAGAGAAUUAUAGUAUAAAUAUAUAUAUAUAUUUAAAUGAAA